AAACUCUACUUUUCUUGGGAAAAAAAACAACAAUCACAUGAUUGUACAUCAAGAAUCACUAAACACUAUCAUCAUUUUCAACAAAAAAAUUAAAAAAUUGCAUUGGAAAAGAUAAAUCGGAUCUCAAUUUUUGAAAAAUUCCAACAAGCUUUCAGCAUUAUUAGGAGAUAUUAUAGUGAAAAAGAUUCAUCAUUGAUCAUUAUCACCUUUCAUCAAGUUAUUUACAAAGUUCUCUUUUCUACAUCAAAAUUGUGAUGAUGGAGGAAUAAUUUUUGUGCCAAGAGAUCAAAGAACAAUGAUUCUUGAUUUGUCAACAUAUAAUUUGAUGCCAACUUGAAAUUUGUAGAUCCAAGAAAAGUGCAUUCUUCCAACAUCUCUUAAGUGCAGAUUUGGAUAUUGGUUGCUGCAUUUUUCUACAAGCAUUUGGUAUCUUCCUGUUUUUCUUAUUAUGGCUGGUGGACACAAACAGAAGAGGCUCAGCAAUUCAUGCAUUCUUCUCAUAGUCAUUGCAGGUAUAGAGAGGUUUGCAUUCAAAGGGGUAGCAUCAAAUUUGGUAACCUAUCUAACAGAUGUUGUGAACUUAAGCAACUCAUCAGCAGCAAAAAUGGUAAAUAGUUGGGUUGGAUUCACUUCCAUAAUGCCAUUAUUAGUGGCACCUAUUGCAGAUGCUUACUGGGACAAAUAUUCCACCAUAAUGUCCUCAUCUUUUCUCUAUGUUAUGGGACUUGUAGCAUUGACAACAACAGCACUGGCAAGGUCAUGGCAUCACAAAAAGAGAACAAUGUCUUCUUCAUUCCUUUCAUUAUCUCUUUAUUUAAUUUCAUUAGGCCAAGGUGGAUAUAAUCCAUCUCUACAAGCCUUUGGAGCCGAUCAACUUGGUGAAGAAGAUGAUUUACCUUGUGGCAAUGAUGACACAAGUAGCAACAAAAAAGCACUUUUCUUCCAAUGGUGGUAUUUUGGUGUUUGUGCUGGAAGCCUAAUGGGUGUUACAUUCAUGUCUUACAUUCAAGACACUUUUGGUUGGGUAUUAGGGUUUGCAAUACCUGCAAUUUCAAUGCUUCUUUCCAUCUUGGUUUUCUCUGGCGGAAGCUCGAUAUAUUCAUAUAAAAAACACGACGACGAUGAUGAUAGUCUUCAAGAUAAGAAGCCUUUCACGAACAUGUUUCAAACUAUAAAAGCAUCUGCAUUGAAAUGCUUCCAUUGUGAAAUUUCACUACCAAAUGACAAGUCUGAAGGUGUUGAACUCGAGCUUCAAGAGAGACCUCUUUGUCGCGAAAACUCGGAAAGCAUUAAGGUUACGAAUAAGGAUUCAAAAAUCAGCAUGUGCCUACUACCAAAUGUCAAAGUUGUGAUUAAGCUAUUGCCAAUAUGGGCAAUGCUUCUCAUGUUUGCAGUGAUUUUCCAACAACCUGCAACAUUUUUCACAAAACAAGGAAUGACAAUGAAGAGAAAUAUCGGUAAAAAUUUCAAGAUACCACCAGCAACACUCCAAAGUGCUAUAACAUUGUCGAUAAUACUAUUGAUGCCGUUAUACGACAGAGUAUUUAUACCGUUUGCUCAGCUGAUAACACGACAGGAAAAAGGUAUAAACAUGAUGCAAAGGAUGGGAAUCGGAAUGGUUCUCUCAAUCAUAGCAAUGGUUAUUGCGGCUUUAGUUGAAAUGAAACGGCUCGAUAUCGGUCGGCAAAUGAGAAGUGAAGGGUUACAAGCAGAAAUAGUGCCGAUAAGCAUUUUCUGGUUGUUACCACAGUACAUUCUUCUCGGUGUUUCAGAUAUUUUCACAGUUGUUGGUAUGCAGGAAUUCUUUUAUGGUGAAGUUCCAAAGAAUAUGAGAACAGUGGGAAUUGCAUUGUAUACUAGUGUUUUUGGUGUUGGAAGCUUUGUGAGUGCAUUGUUGAUUACACUAGUUGAAGUAUACACAGAUUCUAAAGGAACACCAAGUUGGUUUUCUGAUGAUAUGGUUGAAGCACGUUUGGAUAAUUACUAUUGGCUUCUAGUUUGGUUAAGCUCAAUUAGCUUGCUGUUGUAUACACUAUUGUGUAAAUAUUACUAUAGUAAAAGUGAUUCAGAUUGUGAAACGUAAGUUUAUUUUCUUUCUGAGGUAGUUUUCAAGUGUAAUUUUGCGUAAACUUUGUUUGUUGAACUAGUUGCCCUUGUAUUAAUAUAACAGUAAUUCUAUGA